UUGGUUCUGGGUUACCAGGUACCAGUGGUCAGAAGAGAGCCAUCCCAGAUGCCUCUCCGGCUGAUCUUCAGGAUUCCUUGAGCCCCAUUUUUCAAUUAGCCCCAGGCCAGAUGUCCACUGGGAACUUCUGUGCUGUUCUUCAGCCUGGCCAUGGGUCAUUGCAGCCACCAAGUCCAACACAGUACACAAGAGCUGUGGAAGAAAGUGAGGAGGCCCUCCACUGCCAACAUCCCUUCUCUUCCCUCCUCAGAAUAAUCAGGAUGUAGCCAGCACCAUGUCUGCCUGCACAUCGCCAUGCUCCCCGCCAUGAUGAUAAUGGACUGAACCUCUGAAACUCCUAAAGAAAAUGACAGAUGUUGUAGCUGUUUGGGAUGUUAUAUUAAGUGAUGGAAUCCACAAGAUUGAAUUUGAACAUGGGACCACAUCAGGAAAACGAGUUGUAUAUGUGGACGGGAAGGAAGAGAUAAGAAAAGAGUGGAUGUUCAAUUUGGUGGGCAAAGAAACCUUCUAUGUUGGAGCUGCAAAAACCAAAGCCAUCAUACAUAUACUUUCUGACAAAGAUUAUGUUUUAAAAUAUAUCCUGGAAAUUGAGAGGAAAAGCUUCAUAAAGUAUGUAAAGAACAGAUCAAAAACCACCAACACCUGGGUACUGCACUUGGAUGGCGAGGACUUUAGAAUUGUUUUGGAAAAAAACAGUAUGGAUGUGUGGUGCAAUGGCGAAGUAAUAGAGUCAGUGGGUGAGUUUGUAGAUGAUGGGACUGAAACACACUUCAGUAUUGGGAGCCAUGACUGUUACAUAAAGGCCGUCAGCAGCGGGAAGAGGAGAGAAGGGAUCAUCCAUACCCUCUUUGUGGAUAACAGGGAGAUCCCAGAGAGCCUUCAGUGACUGCUCGUUAAUGAGUUCUGAGCUGAAGAGGAGACAUCAGGACUUGCUAAUGGCUUCGGUAAUUAAAUGUGUUCACUCUGUACAUACUGGUA